AUGGAUCAACAUCCCAGCCUGACGGAGAUUAUCGCUACAUUAUCAAAAAUUUUGACUACCCCGACUCUGCUUACAGCUCAGCCCAAGUCGAUUAGUGAGUCCAAAAGCCGGCCACCGAUCUUACCUCGAGAUAUCCCGAACUUCAAUCCACUCAAGUUGGAACUCACAUCACUCGCCUUGAACUUCGAGGACCGGGAUUCCGAUACAUUGGCUGCUCUGUCGAGACAUUUGACGACCGAUAUUCUGCCACAUCUCAACCUAGCAUCUCUGUCUCCAAACUAUUAUGGCUUUGUCACCGGCGGUGCUACGCCAGCUGCGCUUCUAGGCGAUUUUCUAACCUCGAUCUACGAUCAGAAUGUCCAGGUCCAUCUUCCACGUGAGACGAUUGCCACAACCCUCGAGGUCGCGACAUUGAAUCUCCUAGUGCAACUCUUCAGGCUCCCUGAAGCAGAAUGGUUAAUUGGAGGAUCUGGACCGGGUGGAGGGACAUUCACGACAGGCGCCACGGCGAGCAACGUUCUUGGGCUGGCCUUAGGGCGAGAGUAUGCUCUUCGAAAGGCUUUGGAAAGAAAGAGUAAGAUGAAUGGCACAGCAUUGAGUUGUGGAGAAUGGGGCAUUGCAGAAAUGAUGAUGAAAGCCGGCGUGCGAAAGAUCCAGAUUCUAAGUACGCUCCCGCAUUCCGGCACGGCCAAAGCGGCGAGCCUCGUCGGCAUUGGGAGGAGGAAUAUCAUUUCAAUCUCCGCCGACCACGAUCCACUGCAGAUUGACCUGGGACGCCUGGAGCAGGAAGCCCGAAAAGAGCACGUUUUGAGCAUUUUGGCAAUCUCCACGGGAGAGGUGAAUACCGGGCGAUUCGCCACAAACUCGUCCGCCUUGAUGUCCCGACUCCGCAGCAUCUGUGACGAGCUGGGCAUCUGGAUCCACGUUGAUGGCGCAUUCGGACUCUUCGGCCGCAUCUUCAGCCCUGAUGACCUUGAGUAUCGCGAAAUCGUCCAAGGUGUACAAGGUCUCGAGCUCGCGGAUUCCAUCACCGGCGACUGCCACAAGUUACUCAACGUUCCCUAUGACUCGGGUGUAUUCUUCACCCGUCACAAAGGUCUCUCCGAGGAUGUCUUCCGCAAUGGCAACGCCGCAUAUUUAACCGGCGCUAUGGGCGAUGGCGAUGUGAUCCAAUCACCCCUCCAUAUCGGCAUUGAGAACUCCAGGCGAUUUCGGGCGUUGCCUGUCUACUCGACACUGCGGGCAUACGGCAGGGACGGCUAUCUGGACAUGCUUCGGCGGCAAGUCCGGCUGGCGAGACGGGUCUCGAAAUGGCUACUGAAAGAUGACCGGUUUGAAGUCCUGCCUGGUGGUGCCGACACCGAUGAGGUGUUGGCCAAGACGUUCAUCGUGGUUCUGUUCCGGGUCAGAGAUGAGGAAGUCAGUAAGGACUUCGUCAAAAAUGUCAAUGCCACUGGUCGCAUAUAUAUCAGCGGUACGGUCUGGGAUGGGAAGCCUGCUGCGCGCAUCGCAGUGAGUAACUGGCAAGUAGAUGUUGAAAGGGAUGGGGGUUUGAUUGAGGACGUGCUGAAUCAAAUUACGGGAGGUCGAUCAUGA